AUGCCCCCCACUGAACCCGCGUCAACAUCGCCAAAUUCGGAGCCCAUUGAAAUGACUGUCGAAUCGGCUGUCGAAGUGGAAUGCUUGGAACAAUACGAGCAUCAACUUGGACGAUUUAAAGACGAACGAGAUCGAAUUCAAAAGAAAACAUUCACGAAAUGGGUCAACAAACAUCUUUCAAAGGCAAAUUCGAGAGUCGAGAAUUUAUUCGAAGAUCUGAGGGAUGGCUUUCAUUUAUUAACUCUUCUUGAAGCUUUAUCUGGAGAAAGACUACCUCGCGAAAACGGCUACACCCGUUUCCACCGAAUACAAAAUGUGCAAUAUUGUCUGGAUUUUCUCAGGAACAAAAAUGUGAAAGUCGUGAAUAUCCGAGCCGAGGACAUUGUCGAGGGAAACGCGAAAUUGACUCUCGGUCUCAUCUGGACGAUCAUUCUCAACUUCCAGGUUUCCCAAAUCAGAUGGACCCAGGAUUCGAGCGGGAAUUUCCCCACACAG